AUGGCGCCACCCACAGCCCCUUCGAAUACAGAUUUUUACCCGCCUAAAGAGCUUCCCCACAAAGAGAGACGAGUCAGGGCUACUAGACGCGAUGGACCACCCCAACUCCAGUUCGUCACUGCGACAGAUCUCUCGCACUUCAGAGGCUCAGAUGCAAAACGAAGCGUGCGCUCGCAGGCCAUGAUUUAUCACAGGAGCAGGUCCAUCAUCACUUCAGCCACAAACAAGUUGACCGCUGAGAAAGCGCACCCAAGGCGACGCGGAAAGGGGUCCGUGAAGAAAGGGCCGACUGGCGCGGAACAGGACAGAUCUAGAGAUGAACAGGACUGUUCUAGUGUCGUACUCGAGCCCGGGCUAGGAACUAUCUCACCUGUGUUGACAUGCGCGUCGAGCGAUGAGGAGGAGCGCGCAUGGGGUGCUGCUGUUACGCUCAGACAAAAUCCACGUGAUCAGCAGUACAUCAGGUUGGCACAAGAGGCAGCCUAUUCCACGCCUGAAAGCAAAGGAAAAAGCAAGGACACAACUCCAAACUCCACGGUUGACUAUGAUGAGUCGUGUAACCAGCAGAUAGCGCGCAACGCUCCGGGGUGGAAGGCAAUGCCAAGGGCGACAGGCAGAGUGGUGAACUACGAGUACACUGAUAAACAAGAAGAACGUCAAACACGCAAGCUGAUGGGCAAAAUGUCUAUUAUCUACUGUUUCGGAGACGCAGGCGAACCAUUUGCUCUAAUACCACGAUACAAAAAUCCAGGCGUUGACUCUGUUCUCCUCACGCGCAUCUGCAUGCGAGAAUUCGCGACUGAUGGACUCAUCUCCAAGUGGUUUCUGGGAAAUUUGAAUAAAGACGUGAUGCUUAGUGCCUAUGUCAUGACUUCUGCGUGGAUUGAUAUGGUGGCUGGGUGCCAAGAAGAGAGUACACGCACUACCAUUAUCAAGAUGGAAACCAUGGGAGUUGCCAGUGAGCGGCUAGCACAUCCUGACACACAGCUUGAUGAUACAACACUUAUGGUCUUGCUGCAUCUGCUUGCUGGUGAGUUGUGGAGCUGUAAUGAGAAGACACUUCGGACUCACCAGUCUGGUAUCGCGCAUUUAGUUACACAGCGUGGUGGGUUGGAUGGCUUGGGAAACUCGGUUGUUGCCGAAGUAGGUGCAGCGGUUUUCUAUCAAAUUAACCUCAUCUGCGAAACGAAGCUCCUACCGGUAUUCGGACUCUGGGAGCCCCCAAAAUAUGAUGCAGUUAAACAUGGUCGUCGGAUACCAGAGUCGCCAAUAUUCUGUCCAUGGUCAGAUUUUGCGACUAUACCCGACGAAUUGGGUUGCGCAACAGCUACAUGUGCACUACUACGAGACAUGCGCGACUUGACCAGUUUGUUCCUUUUACAUGACAAGACAUCUGGCACGAGCCAAGCUACUAGGGCUAUGGCUAGUGACUACAAGUCCGAUACUGCUGGCAUACGGAAACGGCUGAUUUCGUUGCCUUCCGCUUACGUCCCUGGCCUCAAAACAUCCAACGAUUGGAUCUACGAAGCAUGCCGACUUGCGGCGCUAAUCUACACUGCGUCUAUCAUCCUUCGAUUACCAUUUUCUGUGACUGCGGACCCCCGCCGCAAUCCACUGGCCAUUGAGACUGAGUUCUUCAGCAGCCCCGAUGCGGGCAGACAUCUGCGCGCCAGUCGCUUGAGCGAUGCGUUGUAUGACGUGCUGAAGCGUACCGAUUUGAGCAACGCCUGGGGAAACAUGUCUGGUGUGCUAUACUGGGUCUGCACAGUCGGUGCGAUUGCAGCUCGUUCACCUACUACACUCGACGUGAAGCGACAGCGUCCAACUCCCGCCGAAGCCAGCGCGAUGUGGAUCAGGCGAUACCUUGCCCUGACCUCAUCACGUGUGAUGAUCUUGUUGGUCUUUGAUCACCCCAUACCCGUUUUACAAGCACAAAAGACACUUCUCAAAGUGCAGGAACUCAUCAGGACUUACGAUGGAGCCACCAACAGCGUCAUACGAUUAUCUGGACACGACGAGAUGGGUCGCGCACCGCCAAUCCCAUGA